GUGCGUGCUCUUGUGCAGGCGGUUGGUGGCGGAGCUACUCGUGAUGUCACAGCAAGGAGACAGUCAUGAUUGGGUCUAAUUAGAAUUUGCGGUAGCAAAUAGAUAGGCUUCCUGCAUGAUUGGAUUCAAAGUGGCUGCUGGCAAAAUUCGCAGAGGUGCAGAAAACUAGACGUCGCUUUACAUACAACCUGCGCGAGGGGAGGCGGCAUCACACCAGUGUGAGCUCUCGCGCAGUCCAGAAAAUACAACCGUCGCUCUCGAGACAGAGGUUUGCAGGAGUUGCAGGAGUAAUUGUACUCACAGUGCUCUAGCAGCGAGACGCACGCACUCCCUGGUAAGAAGAGUUCGGCAAGGGAAUAAAGAGAAGUCUGAAAUCAUCCACACCGUCACCAAGGACUGUUUUAUAUGACGAACUGCUAAGAAGAAGCAGAACAAGUUAUUUCGCGCGAUUCUCCACUGUCACUACAUGGCAUCAGUUCUUGAAAGCAACACCCGCACCUCGGGAACUCCGAGCAGUCAAGUCAAAUGCAAGUUCAAAAGGAGAAGGAGAAGAAGGUCAAAGAGAAAAGAGAAAGUCAGCAUGCUCUCUGCAUUGAUCGCUCCCUUCAAGUACAUGAGCCCUGGGACCACCAGCACAGAGGAUGAGGACACUUUAAGCACCAGUAGCACUGAGGUCAAAGAGAACCGAAAUAUUGGUAACCUAGAGGACUGCUGUUCUAUUGUCCCCGGCGACCGCCAAUCACUGUUCAGAUCGGACACAUCUAGAGGUGGGACUUCCGGUCUGAAGAGAAAGCGGCCGUUGGAGGAGGACAAUAACGGACACCUGUGCAAACUCCGUCUGAUCUACAAGAAACUGUUGUGGUCGGACUCACCAAAGAAUGCCCUGGUGCAGCUGAAUGAGCUGAGGCCAGGCCUCCAGUACCGCAUGGUAUCGCAGACCGGCCCGGUCCACGCACCCCUGUUCUCAAUCGCCGUAGAGGUGAAUGGCCUCACCUUUGAGGGCACUGGCCCCACCAAGAAGAAAGCUAAGAUGAGGGCGGCCGAGCUGGCCCUCAAGUCCUUCAUUCAGUUUCCCAACGCUCCUCAGGCUCACCUGGCCAUGGGUAACCAUGGCAACCCCUCUGCAGACUUUACCUCGGACCAGGCGGCAGACUUCCCAGACACUCUGUUCAAGGAGUUUGAGCCGUCAUCAUGUGGUGGCGUAGUCGGCGACAGCUUCUCCCUCUACCGGUCGGCGUCGGAGAAGAGCGAGCUGCGCCUCUCCAGCGCCCUCCGACACGGCCGAUUACUUUGCCACACGUUGGACCUAAUGGUGCAGGCCAAGCAGCGGCUGGCAGGGGUCCCUGUUACCAUCCCCACCGAGGCCCCCAAAACCCCUGUGGUGCUGCUCAACGAGCUGCGUCCAGGCCUGAGGUACGUGUGCCUGUCCGAGAGGACAGAGGGGCGGCGGGCGCGGAGCUUCAUCAUGGCAGUCCGCGUGGACGGGAGGAUAUUCGAGGGCUCUGGACGCAGCAAGAAGCUGGCCAAGACCCAGGCGGCCCAAUGCGCUUUGCAGGCCCUCUUCAACAUCAGGCUGGCUCCUGAGGGGAGAGGAGGCCUUAAACCCAGCAGGAAUAGAUGCCCUCAUUUGCCCCAGGACUUUGCCGAUUCAAUAUUCCGCUUGGUGAGGGAGAAAUACCACGAACUGGCAGACAGCUGCACCCCCAUGCAUGCACGACUCAGAGCCCUGGCAGGCAUCGUAAUGACCAGAGGUUUGGACCUGAGACAAGUCCAGGUGAUAGCGUUAUCUACCGGGACCAAAUGUAUCAAGGGAGAACAUAUCAGUAACCAAGGACUGGUGGUCAACGACGGUCAUGCUGAGAUCACAGCCAGGAGAGCCUUGGUUCGCUACCUCUACUCUCAGUUAGAGCUCUUCUUAAGCAAAAGGCGAGAGGACUGGGAAGAGUCGAUAUUCGUCCGGCACAAGGAGUCAGGGUACCGGUUGAGGGACAACGUCCAUUUCCAUAUGUACAUCAGCACGUCGCCCUGCGGAGACGCUCGCCUCAACUCGCCCUACGAAAUCACCACGGACCUGCACAGCAGCAGACACCUGCUGAAGAAGUUCCACAGCCACCUGAGGACCAAGAUCGAGUCCGGGGAGGGGACCCUGCCUGUGAGGUCCUCCAGAGGGGCAGUCCAGACCUGGGACGGGGUACUGCAAGGGGAACAGCUCAUCACCAUGUCCUGCACAGACAAGAUCACAAGAUGGAACGUCCUGGGACUGCAGGGGGCAUUGUUGAGUCACUUUGUGGAGCCGGUGUACCUCCACAGUCUGACGGUGGGCAGCCUCAGACACCCGGGUCACUUCAACAGGGUGAUGAGUCAGAGACUGGAGUGCCUCGGACCGCUGCCUGCCACUUACAGACGCAACCAGCCUCUUCUUAGUGGUCUGAGUGUCAGCGGUGAGUGUCGUCAGCCGGGGAAGUCUCUGUGUGUCAGUGUGAACUGGACUUGUGGGGACGGUCAGCUGGAGGUGGUCAACGCGGCUACGGGACGUAAGAGGGACUCUGGGACGCCAUCAAGGCUCUGCAAGCACGCUCUGUUCACCCGCUGGGCAAGGCUGUACCGCAAGUUGAGUAUCCAUGCUUCCGGGCCCGUGGACCAGCCACUGAUGUACUGUGAGGCCAAGAUGGCUGCCGGCUCUUACCAGACUGCCAAACAGCAGUGGCUCAGAUCGCUACAGGAGACAGGCCUGGGAACCUGGGUGAAGAAACCUCCAGAGCAGGAGAGCUUCCUGCUACAGGACUAAGACAUUUCACUCCAUUCCAGCCAUUAUUGUGCACACGCACACCAGCUUCCUGUGGUGUGCGUGUCCGUGUUCAUCCGUCCGUUUGCGUGCGUGUCUGCAGAAGGAGCAUGUGGCAGUUGGCUUUAUUGUUGUCCGCUGACUUUGGUUUGCUCUACAAGCCUCCAUCUCCUCCUCGGCAAAAGCCACCUUUGAUGUUGGUCGUUCAAGUUCCACCAAAAAAAAAAAAAAAAAAAAAAAAAAUGAAAACGGGAAUGUAAGAAAGUGGGUUUGAUCGGACCUCUCCUUCAUUAUCCCGCUGGUCCCUGGUUGUCAUGUCAAAGCCGGGGAGAAGGCAGGAAAGAAGGCAGGGUAACCUUGGUCAAUGUGAAAGGCUGCCGCUAUCUUGUCAUCAGCCAUUUGGGGGCGGCGGUGCGCCUGGAGAGCUCCAGCGGGAUGGGGGACAGGGCCAGCCAAUUACAGAGCCUGUCAUUGUGACGUGUGAUGGACAGAGAGAUGGAGAAAGAGAAAAGGACCACAGAGAACCAGAUAGACAACUCACCGUUACACACACACACGCCCUCUUGCCACAGGCCUCGUUCACAUAUAUCACAGCUUUCUCUCUCCCUUUUCACAGCAUCUCUUUGUCUGUCCAUCUCCUCCUUUUUCUCUAUCACUUCAUCUUUCGACCCCCUUUCUAUCCCUCUGUUCCUCUCUGCCACCUUCAGCCCCCUCUCCUUCAGCGAUCUCAUUCUCUCCUCCUCUCUCCCCUCUCUCUCUCGCCUCCUCUCCACCUCUCUCCGCUCGCUCUCACGAAGCUAGAGGUUCUGACGUGGCCACGACAGGUUAAUUCCACCUGCUCUUAGUGGCACAAAGGGAAUAGAGGAGAAUGGAGGUGAUAGCAACAUAACUGCUGCCAUUAGCCCACACUGGGGUUCCCCUUUCAGAUAGAACACCACAGCCAUCUUAGCUUCUUUAAUACCUGUCAUUAACGCUCUGACUUGAUUUCACCUUUUUACCUUUGUAGUCAGGUCUCUCGCUGUGAUUGGAAGGGCACAGUUUUUUACACGUUUUCUUUUUUUUUACCACUGACAGGUUGAUUAUAAAGGAGGGUUGAUUAACGCACAAUAGAGCAGUCGUGAGCCUGACUUGUUAGCUGCGCUCACUUUGAGCUGGUGUAAAAGGGUUGUGACCGGGUUGUGACCAACCUGCUACAGUGGUUUGGUUGACGAGCAAUUACCUGCAAUGACGGGGAGGACACAGAAUGGACUGACAUUCAGUCACCAAUGGGAGAAACACAAUAAAUACAACCCUACUUAACAAAAUGUAUUUUGGUGUUUAGAUGCGGAGUCAUUAACUCUCUGUUGGCCCUACUCUAUAGCCCAGGUGCUGGGUGGUAGCGAGGGGUCGCUCUCUUCUUUGUUUCACAUCCUCACUACUCCCCAAGCCAGUCUGUAAAGGUUCAGAACGCUGGAACACACUCUCUGUAAAACACUGACUUCUCAACCCUGGCCAUGUUUGUCCCACGUUGGCCCCCUUACUUUAUGUUUGUGUUCAUUUCAAAUGUCCUAUUUUCACCCACUGUUUAAUCUUGAAAAUAUGCUUUAUUUUAGUAUGACAAGUAUUGUCAAAUCAUUUCAAAUCAUUAGGUCAAGGUUUUGUUUUUACAUGUGUGAUGUUCCAAUGUAGGAAUAAGUUAACGUUACACAUGCAUACAUUAUCGUCAUGUUGUUUAAAUCCUCCCACCUUACUCUGACCCUUUCCUUGGAGUUCACGAAGAGAACAGUCCAGGCUAUUAUAUUAAACACAGUAACAGUGUCACCUAGUGGUCAUAGUUCUUAUGUGUCAGUGCUGUUGCUUGUCCAUCACUCUCCUCUGCCUCAGAUCCCAUUUUGGUAGUGUGUAAGGUCCACUGGGCAGGUAGACUGUAGGAAAUGGUGUCACUGUUCCACCGGACAAGAACCUGGAUCGUCAUUAUCAUCAAAGUGGGAAUAUCGUUUUUUUCAAUUGGAAAAGUUCCAAAAUAGCAGGAGCAGGUGUUUAAGUUUUUAUAAAAUCCUCCCUGUCCCCGUUAGUAGAGAUCCAGGGGAGGUUGUUCUCUUUUAUAAAGAGAACCCACCCUGUGUGUUUGUCAAGGCUAGUAUGACCCCAAUCAGAGAUCACUAGAUGCAUGUCAUACAUACAUGAACACAGUGCACAUCAGGGUUGGGGUAAAUUCCAUUUAAAUGCAUUGACUGAAUUGAAAUGGCAUUGACCCUAACCCUGGUACACAUAGGACAUUAUGUGGAAUGAUAAAAUGAACCAUGAAUAAAUUCAAACUCUUUUGUCAUCUUCAUACACAUACAUGUGCUGUAAAGAAUAAUCUUAACUAGUUUUCCCUCUGAAAGUUCAUCUUGUACAUAUUUCUCUUUUAUUUUCUAAUUCGCUCUAUUAUUAAAUGUAGAGGCACAUUUUGUUGGAAGCUUGUGGUAUGUUUUACCAGUUAUUUUUCAUAGUCAUUCAAUUAGUCAAACAUACACUAUAUAUACAAAAGUAUGUGGACACCCCUUCAAAUGAGUGGAUUUGGAUAUUUCAGCCACACCUGUUGCCGACAGGUGUAUGAACUCGAGCACAAAGCCAUGCAAUCUCAAUAGACAAACAUUGGCAGUAGAAUAGCCUUACUGAAGAGCUCAGUGACUUCCAAUGUGGCACCAUCAUAGGAUGCCACCUUUCCAACAAGUUGUUUCGUCAAAUGUCUGCCCUGCUAGAGCUGCCCAGUCAACUGUAAGUGCUGUUAUUGUGAAGUGGAAACAUCUAGGAGCAACAACGGUUCAGCUGUGAAGUGGUAGGCCACACAAGCUCACAGAAUAGAACCGCCAAGUGCUGAAGCGUGUAGCGCGGUAAAAAUCAUCUGUCCUCGGUUGCAACACUCACUACCGAGUUCCAAACGGCCUCUCGAAGCAACGUCAGCACAAUAACUGUUCAUUGGGAGCCUCAUGAAAUGGGUUUCCAUGGCCGAGCAGCUGCACACAAGCCUAAGAUCACAAUGUGCAAUGCCAAGCGUCAGCUGGAGAGGUGUACAGCUCGCUGCCAUUGGACUUUGGAGCAGUGGAAACACGUUCUCUGGAGUGAUGAAUCCCGCUUCACCAUCUGGCAGUCCAACAAACAAAUCUAGGUUUGGCAGAUGCCAGGAGAACACUACCUGCCCCAAUGCAUAGUGCCAACUGCAAAGUUUGGUGGAAGAGGAAUAAUGGUUCGGGCUAGGCCCCUUAGUUACAGUGAAGGUGAAUCGUAACGCUACAGCAUACAAUGACAUUCUAAACGAUUAUGUGCUUCGAACUUUGGGUCAACAGUUUGGGGAAGGCCCUUUCCUGUUUAAGCAUGACAAUGCCCCCGUGCACAAAGUGAGGUCCAUACAGAAAUGGUUUGUCGAAUUUGGUGUGGAAGAACUUGACUGGCCUACACAGAGCACUGACCUUAACCCCAUUGAACACCUUUUGGAUGAAUGGGAUGAAUUGGAAUGCCGACUGCGAGCCAGGCCUAAUUGUCCAACCUUACUAAUGCUCUUGUGGUUGAAUGGAAGCAAGUCCCCUCGGCAAUGUUCCAACAUCUAGUUGAAAGCCUUCCCAGAAGAGUGGAGGCUGUUGUAUCAGCAAAGGGGGGGACCAACACCAUAUUAAUGCUCAUGAUUUUGGAAUGAGACGUUCGACAAGCAGGUGUCCACAUACUUUUGGUCAUGUGGUGUAGUUUUGUGGUUUCUGGCAAAUAUAACAAACUGAUUCCUCGUUAAAAACCCGUUGAUUAUUUUGAGAGAUAUUAACAGUAUGGCAUGACUGAAUGGUAAUGUUGUAUUAAAUGAGUGUAUAUUUGUAAAAAUUUUAAACAAUAAAAAAAUACAAUAUGGGAAGACGAUAAUGAAGAUAUGUCUAAUUCAGAUGUAAAUUGAAGUUAUAUGAAUACAUGCUGCUAAGGUUGUAAAUUGCACUUCAGUAAUACCUUAAAAGUGAAUGUUUGUACAUGUGAAUAAAAAUCUGAAAAUCUG